AUGAUAUUCGACGAUUCGACAAUCUUGUUUCUUUACUUACAUUCUUCGUCACAAAGGAAUCACAGAAUUUGCUUAGGGGCGCUAAACUCUACCCCAGUCGAUGUCCGGCACAGGGAAGCUAAUGAACCCCCGCUAUCAAUCAGAAGACAAUGGCUAGCAGAUAAAUAUGUCCUCAAAACCUAUUCCUUACACCACCAACUCUACCAAAAAAUCCACAAUUUGAUGAUCGAAGUCCUAACAUCCCCUUAUUGGAUUAAAAAAAAGCCCCCAAUUAUUAGCACCUUAGGGUGGGAAUGCCCCAGGUUGAAACAAAUUCUAUUCUUAUGGGUAAGAGUCCACUGUUCAUUGAAAGGAAAUGAGAAAGCCGACGAUUUGGCCAAGUCAGCUACCAAAAAAUCAGAGAUAGAAAAAGUGUUGAAAAUAUCCCAUUACGAUGUCAUCAAUGUUAUCAAAAGUAGACCGAUUGCACAGUGGCAGAAUAGAUAUAAAUCAUCAAGCACUGGACAAUGGUAUAAAUCCAUCUUUCCGAAAGUCGGAUGCGUUCCUUGGUUCACCAAAGAAACGUUUGAAAGGCAAGCCAUUGUUACAAUAGACAGACUACGGUCAAACCACUGCAUCUGUAAUGCAUACUUACACAUGAUAGGAAAGAAAGACAGUGAUCUGUGUACCGAUGCAACCUAA